CGCCACGGGUUUCCCGCCAGCGUGACAAGAACAUUUGACAGGGAACUUGGUAAGAAGAAGGGUUAUUGAUUCAUAUAUUAUGUUGUUGUUCUUUAAUUCAUGAUAUUUUUUAAAAUUAUUUUUAACAUGUUGGGUAUAUUGAAUAGAAAAAGGCGGCGGAUGCAAAAUUGCACCAGGCCUAUAUUUAGACACGGACGCGUUGCUCAUGUUUAACCGACCUUGACAUUUACAGAUCGACAUGUCCAAACUUGCUCUGGUGUUUUGUUAUCUGCAAGGCAAUUAUUUACAUUUUAUGCUCCGUGUCUUCCUGCUGGAUAAAAAUCACUGACCGCGUCCAUCCUAGGACCAGUGAUAAAACCUUCAUGUACAUACGUGUCCAAACAUGCUAGAUUUUUAACGUGCCAUUGGUCGUCUAGUGUAAUUUUGUUUGUGUGCGAAAUUUAAACCACUGGGGAUGGGGGAGCCCAAAUCUGAUGACCUCGAGUCGCAUGAAGCUCAGGCAGAAAAUGAAAGAAAAAAAGAAUUGGAAGAAAAUGUAACAAGUUCAAAUGCAGAGAAAGAAGGGGGACAGGAAACUGGGUCAAGAGAAGAACAGACUGCUCCAGCUACGGUUAGAACAGGAAGUUCUGCCAGGCACACUGACCAACAACCCCAGGCCAGUGGUCAAGCAUCAGGUCAAAGUCCAUCUCGCAUUGUGGUUGCUGAGGAGAUCACUGUUGGAAUGCCUCUGUUCAGACCAAAGAAAGAAUUCCUUAAGAUCCUGAAAAAUGGGGGAGCUGACUGUGAUUUUCUCACAAAAAGAGAGCUUUGCCGUUAUCUGAGAGAAUACAUUGGUAAGAGGCGGUUGUAUAACCCUUAUGACCCCAGAGAAGUGAACUGUGGAGAUGACGAGCUGGGCCGUGUUUUCGGUGUUCAGAGGUUUACCAUAUCGGAUGUCUUGCAGCUGAUCCAAAGGAAUUGUUACCAGCUUCCUGAUAUGUGUCUAAAAAGGAAGCAAGUGUUGGUAUCCAGACCUGCUCCUAGAGACCUAUCAUCAGAGACAAGUGCUGCCACCACCACACAAGUCACACAGAUUCCAGGGGAGAGACGUAGCCCUGUGGUUUGUAUAAACCUGAGUAGGCCGACUUCCAUCAUAACUAGUAGCACGAGUCCGUCCACUUCAGGAGGAGCCUCUGUGCAGUCCACCUCUGUGCUUUCCACAUCCACCUCAUCACAAGGCAGGACCUCGCGGACCACUUCAUCACAAAGCAGGACCUCGCGGAGCACCUCAUCACAAGGCGCUACAUCGAAAGAGAGCAGGAGACAAAAACGGAGGCCAAAAAGGAGGCAGAAACCAAAACAAAAAAAAGCUGAGAAAGGUUGCACGGACCAAAACCAGCCUAGUACAUCAGGGAAUUCCUUUGAAAAUCCUGCCCCUAUGUACAUAAAGGUCAAAGUGGAGACAGAGUCCGACAGCGAUCAAAUGAGUAUUCAGCAAGACGGAUCUUCCAGCAAGAUUGAGGACUCAUCUGAUGACCUGUGGUUGCUGGAAGAAGAGGGUCGCCAAGCUUCGGACACAUUUUCCAUUGAGUACGAGUUGGAGGACUCUGAGCCAUCAGAUAUCCUGUCCGAGUCCUCCUCUGUAGCCUCAGGCCAGUAUGUAAGUGGACACUGGUCAGAAGAAGAUACCAAAGAUUUUGAGGUCAGAAGGUCAUCACAACAGAUAUUGACUGUGGGAUUGUGUGACAUAACUACAGCAUUGACAAUACGUAUUCAGUAUGUAAGUGGACAAUGGUCAGAGGGAGACACCUGUAAAUGUUUAGGUCACCAGGUCAAAGGUCAAGAUCACAAUGAGAAAAUGACUGGAAUUGUUUGGCAUGGUAACUCGAGUAAUGUUCAACCUGCAGACAUCAUAUUUGUUACAAAGGGUGUGAUUGUGGUUUGUUCAGACAGCGAUGUGGAAUUCUGGGCCGACGAGAGUGACACGGAAUGGAAUGAAGGGGACCAGUGGACUUGCGGAUGUGGAACAAAGAACACACCUGUUCAGCGUCAUUGUAUUUUCUGCUGGAAGAUACGUCCAGGCUGGCUAGGGGAGAAAAGGGCACGCUCACCGUCCAGUGAAGAAAUGGAGCGGUGCAAGAAGGUCAAGGAGGACUACGAAACAAUUUCCCCUGAAAAAGUGAAAGCUGAGGAGUCUUUGAAAUUGGACUCCAUAGAUUCAGGGAUUUGUCUCUCAAGCCAAGACACUGCAUUGUCGCAAACCACUGAGCUUAACCACCUAGGUACCAGGAGAACGAUGCUGAAUUACUGCAGCAAACAAGAGUCCGUGGAGAAUAAAGGGCCCGAGGAUCCGUGUGUUAUUUGUUUGAAACGACCCAAAACAGGUAGCAUCAUUCACGGGUCGACUGGACAUCAAGUUUGUUGCUAUCCAUGUGCCAAACGCCUGAAGAGGCGAAAACGAAAAUGUCCCGUGUGCAGACGUCCGAUAAAAAGCGUUAUUCGAAAUUUUGUUUUAUGAAAACAUUGUUGGUAAAUCGCUGUUUCAUUUUUUUUUUUUAUUUUUUUUUUUUUUUUUUUGUAGCCGACUGAAAUGCUUGGUUUUACGAUGAGUGUAUAAUCAUAAGUUAAUAGAAUUGAAUUUUUAAUGUUAAUGAGCAAAAGAUGACAUCACAUGUAUGUUAUACUGUGUUUAAGUUCAGAUUUCUGUCUUCUGAGGAGGGAAGUGUGAGUAAUGAUGGAUACUAAAUGUAUACAGUUUUAAUAUACUUGUACUGUAGAACCUCAGACGUCCGGACACUUCUGCUUCCGGGCGAUGUUUUUGGGGAACAAAUAUUUUUAACAUGGUCUCUUAUCUGGAAUUCCACAUUCCUGAUCCAGUCUUUUUAUCCCACAUAUUGCAUUUUUCCCCAUUAUGCUUUGGUUCAUUUAUCUGGAUCGUAACUUUUAAUGGUCCGUCUACUCAGGUCAGCUUUCCCAUGCAGGUUGUUGAUUGUAAAAGCAGUGUCCUUGCCCUUUGUUUUCUAACGAUGUCCACCUAUGACAUGCUACCAGCUUUGAGAUUAAUUAUAGGUUGUUCAAGUUAUAUAUGCUGGAGAUUCUCGCUUCCCUGACAAGUUUUGAAUUGCAAGGUGAAAUAUCAGGAGAGUGAAUAUUCUCAGCAAAUACAAUGUAUAUACAGUUAGACUUGUACUGUAAUAUUUUGUUAUACAUAUUGCUAGACCUGACUUCAGAGUAUCUUAGCGAUCGAUCUCUAGAUAUGCAUGUUACACACAGUAUUUUACAUACAAUGUCAAUAUUUUUUGUAAGUAUUUCAUUUGCGUAAAUCUUAAAUUUGAUGACGCCAUAAAACCUCAUUCAAUCAAUAACUCAAUUCAAAUUUACACACGCACUAAUGUGAUAUCGCCUGGGAUGAUUAGGGUAUAAUGUAGUUCAUGUCAGAUUGAGCGUAGAUGAGCAUUUAUAUUAAAAAAAUAGACUACUGACAGUUGAAGGCUGUAACUGAGUAGAAUACCUUCAUGCUUGUGUUAAUCUUUCUUGGCACUACUCUUGUAUUGUCGCUGGCCAUUACAACUCCUCCCAGAUAUAUACUACAGAGUGUAGGUUCAAAGUGCAUGAACAUGACGCAAGCCGGGUGAGAAAAUGUCAGUGACGUGCGUAUUGAUCUCUUUGUUACAUUUCCUUACAAGAUUUUCUCAGAUAAUUGGGAAAACAAUCUUGGGGUCAGCUACUCGCCAUCUGCUCUAUAAAACAUGGAAUAUGUAUGUAAUCUGUACUUCAGUGUCCCGAGCACACGGCAUUAGAAGUGGAAGUCGCAGGUCUUUCGGAUUUGGUCUUGGACAACGUGUCGUGGUAGGCUUUGGCAUUAUAAAGAACCCUCAAUGCUACAACUCAGAGCACCAUGCACAGGUCAAAAUUUGUGGAUCCUCACCUGAAGAUGGUGACGUCAAUGGGAGUGAAAAAUUCUCGAAUGUGACAUAAAACAGAUUAAACAAAUAUUACUUUAGUGAUUCAGAAUUCAUAAUGUUAUAUCAUCUUUAUUUGUUGGAUGUUUCUGAGCGUUUUUCCCAAAGAGGAUGCAAGAAAAUCUUCCUUUUUUUUUUUUUUUUUUUAUACAUGUACCUGUAUUUAAAAAAUAAAUUUCAUUGUUGAAAAUGCUGUACUUGAGGGACACAUCACACUGUCAUACAUCACACUGUCAUACUUCCUAAAGGUGUUAGUGUUCCAUGAAAAGUAUGACUGUGUGAAGCAUUGUAGUUUCAAAAAUGAAAUGAAAUGUAUUUUUAUAUAUUUAUAUUCUACUUUCAUUUCUGUUGGAAUUCCUAGCUGUUACAAGACGUAUAUUUAUCGCGAUUCAUAAUCGUAUUCAACUGCAAUGCAUUCAUGAGGAAAUGGCUAUCAUUACGAUUUAUAAAGAUAUCGGGCAAAAACAUUAUAUGUUUGUGAGGCUUUUAUUCUCAUAGUUACAUGAGUUUGAUAACUUGUGAUAUUGUUUUAUUUUGUAUGUCUGGGGGGAAAAAUGAUCAAAAACUGUAGGAUUUACAAUAUCCAGUGUUUAUAUAUGCUGUUCUUUAAAUGGGACGUAUUAAUAUGGUACAGCAAUGUCAAUCUGUCUGUUCAGGGUUUUCUGUUUCUAUUUUCAUUUCACUAUCACAUGACAAGCAGAACCAUGCAACUUUUUUGUGGGUCACUGUAGAAGAUGUUCAAUAUUGAACCAUUUUCACCUCUCUUGCAGGGGGUGUCACUUGAAAUUUAAAGGGCCAUGAACGCGAUUUAAACUGAAAAUCAUUUAGAUUGUGUACUAGAAAAUAUUGUGUUUGAAACAAAAUAAGAUGUGACAAACACUAAAAAAGGUUUAAUUGUGUUUAGAAUGAACUUGUAAAUUGAAAAAUCUGCUUUAAACUUUUACUAGUAUAUUUGAUAUAUGAAAACAAGAACAUGACACGAUCAGCUUUGCAUGUUUACAUAACGAAAAAUUGUGAACUCUGUAUCUCUUAACUCCACAACUGACAUUCAAAUUCUUACUGACCAUUAGAAAUACCUUAGUUAGGCAUUGUGAACAUAAAAAAUGGAAAAAUUAAAAUUAGAAUAUUUUCAGCUCAUACUAUGUCCAUGCCCCUUUAGAUUUUCAGUCUUAAUUUAAAAGAAAUAUUGCAUAGAGAGUACAUCGUUUGUCCAUCUAACUUUUCUUCGUUUUAAGCUGAGGCCUUUUUAUGUUAGAGUGUUAGUAUGGGUGUUCAAGAUGUGCAUAUGGCUAGAAUUUUGAUUAUCUUCAAUUUUUGAAGAAAUAUAAACUGGGUACAUCAUUUGUCCAUUUAACUGUGAUGUUUUUCAAGCUAAGGCCUUUGAAGGUGCGUGUAUUUCAAGGAUUUUGAUUCCCAACAAUUUUCUGAUUUUCUUUGGAAAAAAUUGCAGGUUGUUGAACUUGGACAAUAAUAGGGAAAUAUUUUCCACACGGAGCUCUUGGUUUGUCUAUCUACCUCCUGUCACAGUUUUUAAGCUGGGACCUUUUAUUCUUGCAUAUUGCAAAAGAAAAUAUGAUGAUGGCUGAUGGUACCUUUAGUUGUAUAACUCGUGGUUUAUGAAAAACACCAUACGCUUAAUUGUGAUGGUUGUAUUACAGUACUCUUGUUACUGUACUUAUGUUUUUCUAUUUCUUAUUUACUAUAAUAUUUAAUUUAUCUAAUUGAUUGUACAUUAUUGAGUAUUUGUUCAGUUUUUGUUAUGUCCAGUUAUUAUUUUCGCUAAAUAAACAUACAGUGUACAUGUGUAUCCCAUGUAGAAUGUACAAUUUAAUGGUUUUAACUGAAGGACUUGUUGUAUGUGAAUAUAUGACAUGGAAAAUGCUCGUAUAUGAUUUAAUGUCCACUUUCUGUUCGUAUUUUACAGGGAUUUAUGGGAUAUAUUGUAAUGAUGAAAUUGUAUUUAGAAUUUAUAAAAUAUCAUUUUAAAUAUUUGGGGUGGGUUUUUUUUCUGCAUAUAGAGAAUGUUUAAAUUUUUAAUAAGUGCAUUUUUCUUUGUGAAAUUGAAUGAUGAAAUCUGUAUAUAUCUUCCAGUGCAAUUUUUGUUGUUGAGGGGCAGCUAGCAGCGAGAUUGUGAAGAUUUGAUUAUUAUGAUGGAUAUGGUUGCAGUUUUUUUAUGCUUUUAGUUGUAUAUCUAAACUGCACAAUCUUUGUUACUUUAAAAUUUUGUCAUCGAAAAUAAAAAAUUUGUAAGUAUA